UCCUCUUUAGCUAUGGAUAAGAACAAUACAGAUCAGGGUGCCAUCAAAAGGAUUACUGUGAAAAGGAAUGUCGCUGCUGAUACAGCGGUGGCAAGCUCCAGGACAGCUGCCUCGCCUCGCUCUCGAUCCCCUGCAAGAACAAAUCCCAAAGGCUGCAACGAAAAUCAGCAGCAGCAGCCAUCACUUAGCCGCAACCCAUCGAGAAAAGCAGAGCAUUCGCCUUAUAGAAGAAAUCCCUUGGGUGAGAUCGACCCCAGCACGCGAAAGAAAUCAGAGCUGUCGCCUUAUAGAAGAAACCCCUUGAGUGAGAUCGAUCCCAACUCUCUGCAGUAUCCACAAUGUGCUGGCGGCAUCAAUAAGAAACCAAAUGCAGAGGUGAACAACAAAGGUAGUAAUAACAAAGGUAGUAUUGUUGAUGCAAAGGAGCAGCAUAGGGUGGAAGAGGGUAAGACACAGCCAGCAUUGACAAGAAGCAGGUCGGCCAGGCGGUCGAGAGAUUUGGACAUCAAUCCUGAAACUCUGUUGAAUCCUGUUCCUCCUACUUCAUACACCAAUCUGCUGCUUGAAGACAUCCAGAAUUUUCACCAGAAGAACACAGUGGCUGCAUCUUCAUUCUCACUUCCAGCGUGCGUGUCCAAGGCCUGCUCUAUUCUGGAAGCAGUGGCGGAUCUCAAUUCCACCACAAGCUCCAACCUUUCAGUGGGGAGGACAAUGGGAGAAGGAAAAGACCCUUUUGUUGAUCUUAUGGAGCCGAGUUUUCACAAGUAUGUGACGGUGAAGAGGGUUGGAGAUAUGGAGGAGCAAGAAUCGUCUGGAAGUAAUAGCUUUGUGAGCAGCGGACAGCAUCGGGGGUUUUCUUCAUCUUCUUGGGAACCCAACUCGGUAGAGUCAACUGAUCGGAGGAGCAGAGAGGAGGAUGGCUCAACUUCAAGGGAAAGAAAUGGUAUUGGGCGGGGCAGGGUAACUCCGAUGGUAGCAGCCGCUACUUCCACAUAGCAGGCGGUUCAGUUUGGUCUUGGUUGCAUACUCGCAACCAUUUUCCUUCUGUUCAUUUGUUGAGUUGUCAAAUUAGUGCACUCUUUUUUCUGAAAUUCAAUGGUUCUAAGGGUGAGUGCGUUACAUCUCGUGAACACUAGUAUUGAAUGCUUCUUGCACCUGUGGAAUCAAUUUACAUUUUCAUCCAAUCUAUAAACUGAAUCCACAAAAUGUAUAUGCUUAUCCCCUUUUAUUCAACAGAAAAUUUAGAAAAUACAUACUUUUAAUGGUG